UUUAAGUCAAAGGUCUUUCUCUCUCUAACUCCCUUCUCUCUCUCUCUAAAAUGGCCUCAAACCAGGGCAAGAUAAGCGAUGUAGAGGCAUGCCCACCCUCCAUUAACAAACCCACCAAAACCUUGAUCACAUCACAGAUCAUACUAAGGUCAGUGGCUGCUGUCUCUGCAUUAUCUGCGACACUUCUCAUGUUAAGGAACAAGCAGUCCAUCUCUCUCUUUGGCCUCCAAAUUGUUGCUAAAUAUACCCAGUCAUCUGCCUUUAGGUUUUUUGUAGGGGCAAAUGCUGUUGCUUCUGCAUACGCCCUGGUUGCCUUAGGUUUAUAUUUGUUCAUGAAUUACUCUCAGAGUAAACGAAGAGGCCACUUCAUUGUAUUCUUAUUCGACCUGAUGAUGGUGUGUUUGGUGAUGGCUGGUUCAUCUGCUGCAACUGCCAUUGCAUACGUGGCCAAGAAUGGAGAGAAGCACACUGGUUGGAUUAUAAUAAGGACAGUGGCCGCUGUAUCAGCAUUAUCAGCUACUCUUAUUAUGAUAACAAACAAGCAGUCAAUCUCUCUCUUUGGCCUCCAAAUCACUGCUAAAUAUACCGAUUCAUCAGCGUUCAGGUUCUUAGUUGGUGUGAAUGCUGUGGCCUUUGUAUAUUCCCUCUUAUCGCUAGCCUUUGGUUUUCUCUUGAAGUCCCCUCUAUGCAAGCCAGGAGGUCACUUAUUUUUGUUAUUCGACCUGAUAAUGGUGUGUUUGGUGAUGGCUGGUUCAUCUGCUGCAACUGCCAUUGCAUACGUGGCCAAGAAUGGAGACUCUCACACUGGUUGGUCUGUCUCUCUACAAGAAGCUUCACAACCUUCUUUCAGGUCAUUAAUGGCUACAGACCAGGCCAAGAUAUCCCAACAAGAGGCAUGUCCAAUCUCCAAUGGAAAGCCUAAUAAAACCCUCUUCAUAUUUCAACUUUUUCUGAGGUUAAUUGCAGCUAUUGCUUCUUUAGCUGCCAUUUUUAUCACGAUCACUUCAAAGCAAACCAUCACUCUGUUUGGCGCGCCAUUCACCGCUAAAUAUAGCUACUCUUCUGCCCUCAGGUUUUUUGUAGUAGCAAAUGGAAUUGCAGCUGCAUAUUCAUUGAUUUCAUUGCCCUUCGUUUGCCUCCUCAAAUAUCCAAGGUGCAACCCAAGAUUUCAUUUCUUCGUAUACACUAUCGACCUGAUGAUGUUGUGUUUGCUAAUGGCUGGGUUAUCGGCCGCAACUGCUAUAUCUUAUGUAGCCAAAAAUGGAGAUGAACACAGUGGAUGGCUACCCAUUUGUAACACUUUCCACAGGUUUUGCAGCCGUACAGGUGUGGCCCUGGUUUUCUCUUACGGAUCUUUUGCUGUAUCCUUUCUCCUUAUGCUGCUUUUCACCAACAGGCAGAGGAGUUGAGCAUUAAGAUUAAGGAGUAGGUGAAAAUAUUGGUCAGUUACCUUAAAAAACUUGAAAUUAUAGUAUAGGAUCUAUGUAUGAUUAGAGAGAGAGAGAGAAAGCACAAUUAUUUCGAUGUUUGAUUGUA